GCUGUAGUGAAGUCCAGUUGAGCUGUCACAACGCAGACCUGAAGAUGGCUACAGCAAGAAACAGGGUUUUUGUUAUCGGGGUGGGAAUGACCAAGUUUGAAAAGCCGGGUGCGAGAGACAUCGAUUACCCAGACAUGGCCAAAGAAGCAGGGGAGAGAGCGCUGACGGAUGCUGGAAUAAACUACACUGCCAUCCAGCAAGCAUGUGUAGGCUACGUGUACGGUGACUCGACAUGUGGCCAAAGGGCUAUUUAUCACAGUCUGGGUCUGUCAGGGAUCCCAAUAAUUAAUGUUAACAAUAACUGCUCUACCGGCUCCACAGCGCUGUUUAUGGCCCGUCAGCUCGUUCAGGGAGGUUUGGCUGAUUGUGUUCUUGCCUUGGGCUUUGAGAAGAUGGAAAGAGGCUCACUAUCCUCAAAGUACAUGGACAGAACCAACCCUAUGGACAAGCACAUGGAGGUGAUGAUCAACCGUUAUGGGAUGGCGGCAGCACCAGCUGCACCUCAGAUGUUCGGCAACGCUGGUAGAGAACACAUGGAGAAGUACGGCACAAAACCAGAGCAUUUUGCUAAAAUUGCUUGGAAGAACCACAAGCAUUCAACCAAUAAUCCAUACUCUCAGUUUCGGGAUGAAUAUAGUCUGGAGCAGGUCAUUAACUCCAGGAAGGUCUUUGAGUUCCUCACACUCUUGCAGUGUUGCCCGACGUCAGACGGAGCAGGAGCUGCAGUGCUGGCCAGUGAGAGGUUUGUGAGGAGGAACGGACUGGAGAAAAAGGCUGUAGAGAUCAUCGCUCAGGAAAUGAUCACAGACCUCACCACUUCCUUUGAGGAAAACAGCUGUAUAAAAAUGGUUGGCUAUGACAUGACCCAGCUUGCAGCUCAGAAGUGCUUUGAGACGUCCGGCCUGAAGGCGUCAGAUGUUGAUGUCAUCGAGCUGCAUGACUGCUUCUCUGCCAAUGAGCUCAUCACCUAUGAAGCUCUGGGACUGUGUCCAGAGGGUAAAGCUGGUGAGCUUAUUGAUCGGGGUGAUAAUACAUACGGUGGCAAGUGGGUGAUAAACCCCAGUGGAGGACUCAUCUCAAAAGGACACCCGCUUGGAGCUACAGGUCUGGCUCAGUGUGCGGAGCUGUGCUGGCAGCUGAGGGGGGAGGCGGGGCCUCGGCAGGUCCCCGGGGCAAAGGUCGCCCUGCAGCACAACAUCGGUCUUGGUGGAGCGGUGGUGGUCACUCUCUACAGGAUGGGCUUCCCUCAAGAAACAAGCUCUCGGAUCGCUGCAGUGCCCACCAGCGCGUCCAGUGACCUCAAAGGCUUCAAAGCUCACACCGUCUUUCAGGAGAUCGAGAAGAAGCUACAGGAGGAGGGUGAGGCGUUUGUAAAGAAAAUCGGAGGGGUUUUUGCCUUCAAAGUGAAGGAUGGUCCUGGUGGAAGUGAAGCAUUAUGGGUUGUGGACGUAAAAAAUGGCAAAGGCUCGGUGACCAACGAUGCAGGUAAGAAGGCUGACUGCACCAUCUCUAUGGCCGACUCAGAUAUGCUUGAAUUGAUGACGGGGCAAAUGAAUCCACAAACGGCAUUUUUCCAAGGAAAACUAAAGAUAACUGGAAAUAUGGGAAUGGCCAUGAAACUUCAAAACCUUCAGCUGACAGCUGGAAAAGCCAAACUGUGAAAUCACGUCUCUUGAACAGGAAAGUGGCACAAAUUCAUCCAAAUGUGUGGAGAGGUGCUUGAAUAGUUAAUUUCGAAAAAAUAA